CGCUAAAACGCGCUGCAAGUAGUUUCAAAUCUACAAACCGGAGCGCAGGUUUGUUCAGAAGCCGUGCAAACGUCUAUAUAUGUAUAUAUAUCUCACACUGUGAGUGUGCGAGUGUCUGAUUGCGUGUUAUACUGAUAAGGCGAAGAAACAUAGAAUUCACCUACCCCCCCGCCUAAAAAAAGGGGUCGAAGAAAAAACAGCAACAAUACACACAACAACAAUGCUGCUCAGGAAAGGUAUACGUAAUAUCCGUUUAGCGGAGAAUAGUGUAACGACAAAACAAAACACUACGCUGUCUUGAGAAUAUUUUAAUAUUAAAAAAGGACGAAAGGUCUGGAAGGAGGGCCAGUAUUAGUAAUACAGUUUUGAACAAGAAGAGAAGAGAAAUAUAGAAAUUCCAGGUGUGCAUAUUGGCAGAACCGUUGGAGUGAAGACACUAAAAAGGAAAGUCGGCAGCACCAGUGCUGAAAAAAAAAAGUCAUUAAGCGAACGAGAAGUGUUGAAGAAAUGUUGGUAGCUGUUGAAUGACGUGACGUGACCGGACUGUUGCUUUUGGACAUAUCACUCGUUUUAAAUUGGAUUACUGCCCUUUCUUCCAGUCAUUGAAACUGAAAACCUGUUGACUGGCGUCAUUGUUGAGGAGUACGAACGCUUCGGAGCAACCUGCUGCCUCCAUCUUCAUGUGUACCACAAAGAUCAAUGCAGCAGUGUCUUCCGAAACAUAGCGGCCGCGGGCCCCGAUAUAGGUCGUGACGUCAGCAUGUCUGUAUGCUGCGAGCUGGGCUCGGGACGGCCGAGGGACGGCCUCAAACUCGCUCUGAACAGGAGCCUGAGUGAACCUGGACCCCCAGAUCUGCCGUCACCCAGCGGCUUCCUCGUGCCUCCCAAACGCUGCAAACUGGAGUCUGUCAGCCUCCCCGCCUCACCCUGUUCUGAAAGUGCCACCCUUCAGCGAUCCCUUGUCAUGAAGAAAGUUAAGCCCUUGGAUCCUGAUAGCCUUGUGAGGAAGCUGGAGCGGUCUAGUACCGGGUGUAGUGGCAAAUCGGCAGGUAGGAACUUUCUGGUCGUGGACUGUCGGCCCUUCAUUGCGUACAAUGUGAACCACAUCAGAGGCUCCAUCAACGUCAACUGUUCCGACAGAUUCAACAGAAAGAGGCUCCAGCAGGGUAAGGCAACACUCGCGGAUUUGGCAACUACCAGGGAAGGGAAGGACCUCCUGAAGAAAAGGACCUUUAAAGAAGUUGUUGUGUACGAUGAUUGUACGACGGACUUCGACCGCCUUCCGACGUCACAUCCGCUGUUCCUUGUGCUGACUACUCUGGUGGAGGACAACAGGGACCCGGCCUUCCUGCUCGGUGGGCACAAGGAGUUCCACAGGCGUCAUAAAGAAUUCUGCGAGGACACACUGCUGCCCCCCAGCGGCCGCCCUUUGAGUCCCAGCAGUGACUGCGUUGUGACGCCAGAUAUAGACUCGCAUCCAGCCUCACGAGUUCUGCCGUUCCUCUACCUAGGCAACCAGCACGACGCGGCCGACCUUAACACCCUCAGGUCGCUAGGCGUGACCCGAGUCCUCAACGUGACCUCCCACCUGCCUGGGUACCACGAGGCCUGCGGAAUUACGUACAGACAGCUGCCGGCUUCAGACUCCGGGCACCAAAACCUCAAGCAGUACUUCGAGGAGGCCUUUGACUUCAUAGAGGAGGCGCGUAAUAGCGGCGCAAGCGUACUCGUGCACUGCCAGGCCGGGGUGUCGCGUUCCGCAACAAUUACCAUUGCGUACAUCAUGAAGCACAAGCUGCUUACCAUGGUAGAGGCGUACAAGCUUGUCAAGAACGCGCGGCCGAUCAUAUCUCCGAACCUCAACUUCAUGGGCCAGCUGCUGGAGUUGGAGCAGGGGUUGCGGGCCACAGCAGGCACAUUAGGGAGCCCACCUGAGUCGGCGGAUUGCAAGCCGGCCUGUCAUCAAUGUCGUUGGACUCACCAGUCCAACGAGGAGGUCUCGUCAGGCUGCAGUGUGUAAUGCACGACUAGUCAUCACGGGGCCUGCUAGUCUGUCGAGGAAUGCUGCUCCUCGUAUCUGAUGACAAGGAUGGACCGACAUCCACGCAGGAUCUGUGCCUUCUGAACUACAUAAUCAGACACAGCGUCUUACCGUUUGGCAGCGUUCAGUUCCUAUGCAUGUCUUGAGGAAAUCUGGCAUGAGCAUCUCAGUGGAGGUAGAUCCACCAAUCAGGAUGUCUCUAUGGAACUUGCAGCACGCGAGGUCUUCGUCAUGGCAGCCUUUCUGACGGACAUAUCCAACUGAUGGAUUUUAAAGUUUGCUCCAGAGGAUUUUGCAUUCUAACGUGUAGGGAGGCUGAUAAAGCUCCAUCACUUUUAUAGCAUCGGGAACAGAUUUUCCGAAUUUCUAAGUGAACACAGUAUGGUGAAGCUACUUGUUACGGAAAGAACUGUUCAAAGAUAUUCCUCCUUUAAUAUCUAGAGACGAUACCAAAUUUAGUGCAAACGGAUCUGUAUGUAGGCCCCACGUGUUUCAAAGUUCAUAGUAAGAUGAUGUCAUAUCUGUUUUUUUUUUAACGUUUAUUUGAGGUUAUUGCAGAGGUGGCUAUGAAGAUUUAUCUCUUCUGGAAUGUUAACGCCGCGUAGUCAGAUAGUUACUAAUAUGUCCUACAAAUCUGUUGCUUCCAUCUUCAGGGUGGACUGAAGAUGGAGACAGCUGGUUUCUCUGAACAUUCAUAAUGAUAUUCUACAAGAUUACACAAUGUCACAUCUCAAAGACAGUGGGUGGUAUUUAUUUCAUUUCAUUUUUAAUUUGGAAAUAUGUGAGAUUUCAGUAUAAUGAAGGUGUUACUCCCUGCCUAAUAAAAGUGUCGCGUGUAAGUUCUCCUUCUCAGAUGCAUUAUUACUUGUAUUUUAAAACACCUUUUCAUAGAAAAAUGUUAAAGAUAUGAUUGUGCUAGAAAGUAACAGUUCUAAUUUGAUGGGUACAGUAUGGGGAUGGGUGAGUAGCAAGGAAAUAUGCUUACAAGCCGCUGAAAACAAAUUUUAGUGAACGUCGUUGAAUAUUAAGUGUAAAAAAGUAACCUUUAAAUGCUUAUUUCCUUCAUUUUUUCAAUUUUGAUUUCUUCCAAAAAUUUGUAUGCUGGGGCAAAUGUCUGGCGUACCCUGUUCCCUGCCAGCCCACGUGGUGUAUAGGUAAUGGCGGGUAUUUCAUGAAGUGUGGAGGUAGAUUUCUGCUUGUAGUCGCUUACUGUCAGAAGACAGUAGAGGGGCGAAGAAACAUAAACUUAACAAUUCCUAAAAUCUGUUCCCAAUUUGAGUGAUAUUUGAUGGUUAAUGUUAAUACAGUAACAUGGCAUUUGAAUGAGCACCAAGGAGAAGAUUAGUAUUAUACAAUGUGUUCUGAACUGUGGGAGUCAUAUAAGUAUGUAAAGUGUCAUGGAAAGUCGCCAAGUAGAGAGAAAUGGAAGUUAUGUGGGACAAAUUUGAAUGCCUCUUUAAUUCUGUUUUUCUAGUGGACAGAGAUAAAGUUAGAUUAAACCUUGGUUUUUGAACUUUUGAAACUGGACAGAUGUGUACAUAUAAGGGAUGAGAAACUUUUGAUUCAAAUCUGUAACCCCAUGUAAGCAGAUGAUGAUAAUGGAAGAUGUCUAGCUGUAUUGAGAAGUCACGAAUGUUUAUAACACGGGUUUCAUUUUUAUUUAUUGUGCAUGAUGCAAUGGAAUGGAAUUUAAGAGGCACACAUAUCCACCACUGUUAGAAAAAUUAUAUAAUCAAAAUAACAACACAUUACCUUUUAUACAUAUGUACAUGUAGGCCUAAGGUAAAUUCAGUAUGUGCCUUUUCUGUUAUAUGUAUGAGAUAAAAGCUUGUAAUAAAAUUGUAAGUGGAAUUUUUGUAUUGACUGAUUGAUGAAUUUUAGGUCUGUGAGGUAUGCUGCCUUAUAAGUUCUUUUAAGAUAUCAUACAGCCAAUGUGCCUGAGGAAGAUCAAUCACAUCAUGGCUGCAUUUCAGAAAAAGAGAGAAUUUUGGCACAUAGAAGAUCUCAGAGAACUAAAAGCACAUUUUUCUGUGAGGUUUUAAAAUCAUUUAAGGAAACAAAAAUUAGUCACAACAGAUGAUGAAUAUCUGCUUCUACUUCACAGUAAUUUUGAAUUCUCUACAUAAGGGACUCUCACUUAACCAUAAUGGAAUGUCAAUUACAAGAGAAAAUAUAUACUUGGCCUAAAUACUAAUAGAAUAUUGAAUAUAUUCAUGUAUUUAUUUAAAGAGAGUAGGUUUCACAAAUGAUAAUCCAUGAAGAGCUCUUAGCUUGCAUUAUAUAGAAAAUAAAUUUCAGUUUUGUAAAAUGUUUGUUUUAUUUGUAACUUUUUUAGAAUAAAAGCCAGAGACUAGUUAAUGGCAGAGUCACAGAUAAUUCAGAGUUGGCAAUGGAUGUUGACUUUCAACUGUUUGUGACUUUUGUGUGGUGAGGUAUGUGUAUGUGUGGUGUGUGAGGAGACAGUUUGUGCCAUGAUGUCGGAACAUUAGUAUGGCGCUGAUCAAAAAGUUAAUAAUUUUCAGUAUAAUUAAAGAAAUAAAUAUAUACAUAAAUGGAGGAGCAAUCCAUGAAAAAGUGAAUUACCUUUGUAACAUUUUGUUUCACUUUUUUUUUAUUCGGCCAUCAUACCUGAAUAUUAUAUACUAAAUAAUAUUUAUCACUAUAUAUUGUACAUAUUUGACCAAUGCCCUCCCUGGAUAAUAUUUACAGGACACGGAGUGGUCUGCGGCAGUGAAUCUAGUCGUUCAUCUGGGUUAUAUGGCUGUGUUUACAUUUCACUUUUCUGUCUGUUUCUCUGAAUUAUUAUUAUUAUUAUUAUUAUUACUACUACUAUUAUUGCUAUUAUUAUUUUAGGGGUUUAUAAAGAGGCACAUGGUUUGUGUGUGUGUUUUAUUUUUCUUUUAGACUGAGAGAAUUUUUGUAAUAGCGGUUAUAAAGAAAAUACAUAGCCACCAUUUUGAACACUUGGAGUUGUGUACAGUCUGGUAGACAAACGACUGAAGUUUUGUUUGAACAUUUGUGAGAUGAUGAUGGUGAAAGAUAUAUUAUACAUAUGUACAUACAUACAUACAUACAUAAUAUAUGGAAUCACAAAAUGAGGGGACAGACAUUCCUUUUAAUUUAUUUUAUUUCAUACUGUUUCCACAUCAGAAUUUGUAAAUGAGUAAUUAUGGAACAAAAUUUCAGACGACUAAAAUACUGAAGAGUAUAUAAAAA